AGGGAUUAAGUGGUGCGCGGAGCAGGUGAGUUGCCCUCCGGGCGCCUCCUGCUAUGGACCCUCCUGUAGGCGGGAGGUGGCCAGGGAUCCGCAGGAGCUGACGAGGGCCUGCAGCAGGUGGGCUGCUGCCCCGCUUGUGCCUUGCAGGGGGCGCCCCCCCGCCUCCCCUCCACGUGCCGCCCGCAGCAGGUGAGGGGCGGGCGGAGGUGGCGCCUGGGAUCAGGUGAGCGGCUGACCGGCUGCCGCCGCCCGGGGCGCCAGGCUAACCGCGGGCUUUGCUCCGCCCCGCCGGCGCAGCUGGCGGCGCUCGGGGCGCUCCCGGGGCGCAGCCCUGUCCUGUGCGCGGCGGGCUGUCGGUCGGGCUGUGCAAUCACAUGGUGCGCUAAGAAUGCUCCAAAGAUGGCGGUAGCGGCAGCCGGAGCCGGCGGCGGCCGGGCGCAGCAGCGGAGCGGCUGGCUGGAAGUCCUGGUGCGGGACCGCUGGCACAAAGUCCUGGCCAACUUGGCCGAGGAUGCCCUGGUGCUGAGCUGCGAGGAGCGCGCCGACGGCGCAGCCCACAACGGCGUCGGGGCCAGCGGCAACGGGGCGCCCUGCCGAGGGGCUGCCGCUGGCCGCGGGAGCCAGCCGGGCGCCGCGGGCAACCCCGGCGGGGCGGCCGAGCCCGCGGGCAGCGGCGGCGGCAGCCCCAAGGCGGGGGGUGGCCCCGGGGUGCGCACCGCCUUCACCGAGCUCCCCGAGCAAGUGCCCGACGCCAUCUCCAACAAGAAGCGGUGCGUGAAGGUGCAGAAGCAGGAGCUGGGCGGGCUGGGCAUCAGCAUCAAGGGCGGCAAGGAGAACAAGAUGCCCAUCCUCAUCAGCAAGAUCUUCAAGGGGCUGGCGGCCGACCAGACCCAGGCCCUCUACGUGGGCGAUGCCAUCCUGGCCGUGAACGGGACGGACCUGCGGGACGCUACCCACGACGAGGCGGUGCAGGCGCUCAAGCGGGCCGGCAAGGAGGUGCUGCUGGAAGAGAAACUUCUCAGAGAAAGAAGUCUUUCAACAAACAAUCGUACUGAGAAAUGGGGGAGAAGCUGUCAUCUCAUUCUUGCCCUGCCAGGGCAGAAUUAUCAAAUGAAAUACAUGAGAGAAGCAACCCCGUAUGUGAAGAAAGGUUCUCCAGUUUCAGAAAUUGGGUGGGAAACACCUCCACCUGAAUCUCCACGGUUGGGUGGUGUAUCCUCUGACCCACUGUCGCAGCUUUCUCUCACCAUCCACAGAGACAGAAAAACAAUUCCGCUCAAAAUGUGCUAUGUGACACGCAACAUGUCGGUGUCAGAUCCUGAAAACAGGCUUCUUGAAGUCCAUUCCCCUGAUGCCAAGCACACUGUGGUUCUAAGGAGCAAGGAUUCAGCCACAGCCCAGGCCUGGUUCAAUGCUAUCCACUCCAGUGUGAGUGACCUUAUUCCCAGGGUGAUUUCAGAGGUGAAAGACCAGCUGGGUAAAACUGGGAUCGCUGGAAGUCGAGAGAUUAGGCAUCUAGGCUGGCUUGCAGAAAAGGUGCCAGGAGAAAAUGAGAAGCACUGGAAGCCAGCACUGGUUGUACUGACGGAGAAGGACCUUUUAAUAUAUGACAGCAUGCCACGAAUGAAAGAAGCUUGGUUUAGCCCUCUACAUACUUACCCUCUGCUAGCCACCAGGUUGGUCCAUUCAGGUCCUGGUAAGGGAUCCCCACAAUCUGGGGUGGAUUUAUCUUUUGCAACGCGCACCGGUACAAGGCAAGGGAUUGAAACCCAUCUCUUCAGGACAGAGACUAGCAGAGACCUCUCACUGUGGACAAGGAACAUAGUGCAGGGCUGCCACAAUUCAGCUGAGCUGAUCACGGAAAUCGCAACCUCUUGCACCUACAAAAACCAGGAGUGCCGUUUGACCAUCCAUUAUGAACAUGGAUUCUCUCUCACAGUUGAACCACAAGAUGGUGCCUUGUCCAAAACAAUUGCACAGUGUCCCUAUGAAAAACUAAAAAUGUCUUCAGAUGAUGGCAUUAGGAUGCUUUAUUUAGACUUCGGAGGCAAAGAUGGAGAAUUUCAACUGGACCUUCAUUCUUGUCCAAAGCCAAUUGUGUUCAUCAUUCAUUCCUUCCUUUCAGCUAAGAUUACAAGACUUGGUUUGGUGGCAUAAAUUACAUUGGUUUCCUAAAAGAAAAAUGAAACUGCCAUGCUAAUCUGAAGUACAAUCAAUAGAAGACACCUGUAGCUGCUAGCAAUGUACAAAAGAUUGGAGUUCAAUGCAAGGACUUCAGUUCUGGUGAUUCUCCAAGGCCCAGCCUUCAUUUUGAUCAGCUACAAAGGAGGCACACACCGAAAAAAACCAACAGAUUUUAGACUCAGAACAGUCGUUUCAGUCACUGUCAGUUGCAGGAGACAAUAACAUAGCUCAUUGUAAACAAUGGCAAAAACGGAAUUUUACAAUGUUAGUAAUUUAAAACCACAUACUGUACAGUGGGAAUGAGUAUAGUACUGUAUGUGUAAGCAUUUCAAAAUCAUAAAUCGUGCCUAUUUCAAAGUAUUUGCUUAUAUAGAGUAAGUAAGGGCUAAGCAGAUGCAAGACUGGGCACUUAUCAGUCGUGAUUCAGAAUAAGGCUUGAUAUUUGUUUCUCUUUUUUGAUACUACGUGAAGUGGUGGCUUUACGAAGAUUAAAAAAAAAAAUCAGUAAAAUAUUACUUUCACCCCAGUUGAUGUGCUAUUUAAAUAUCUUGCUGUUCCAUAGGAAGGAGUCAUGAGAGGCAGCUGCUUUAACGCCCCGGCAGGUAUGUUUUGAGUGUGCAUGUACUCCAGUAGGGUACUCUAAAGCAGGAGUUCUCAAUCUUUUUCUGUCUGAGGCUGCUCCCUUCCCCCCUACAACAUGCUGUAACAACUCCCCAGCCCACCUGUGCCCCCAAAACUGUUUUUCUCAUAUGCACUAGAUUAAAAGCCAGGGCCAGCAUUAGAGGGUAGCAAGCAGGGCAAUUGCCUGGUGCCCCACGCCACAAGGGGUCCCAUGAAGCUAAGUUGCUCGGGUUCACUUUUCUGCCCUGGGCUCCAGUGAGUCUGACACCAGCCCUGCUCUCUGGUUUAUUUUGGCGUACCCCCAGUUGAGAACCUCUGCUCUAAAGCAACCAAGAGCUCCUUAGUGAACAGCCCAGCACCCAGUUCAGAGCAUCUGGGGCAUUUUCUAAUGGUCCUUAUGUAAUGAGCAUAUGUGCACAUUCCUGUAGGGGGCACCAAAGCAGCAGUAAUUAUAGGACUUUUGUUGAAUAGCCGGGUAACCACAAGAGAGCGCAAAGGGGCCCGUUCAAGUGUCCUUAACUUAUGAGCACACAGGGUAAACUUUUUAAAAGAACUAACCUAACUUUAAGAGCCUAAGUCCCACUGAAGGUCAGGGGCACCCAGUCACUCUUCAAAAUCGGACUGAAGAGCUUUUGAAAAUUUUACCCACAAGGCAAGUUAUGGUGCCUCACUUAACAUUGUGCCCUAGUAGUAUGCCCUGCUGCUAAAUCAGUUAAAUUGAAAUAGAUUUCAUUAAGAAACAUGUGUAGCUCUGUAAUAAUUCAUUUAAAAAUGCAUUUGAGAUACAAAAAGUGGCCUGAGAAUUUAGUAGGAGUGGAAUGAAAAACUGUUGAUCACGUAGAAUUUAUACCACUUUUAAGCUGCAAACAGAAUUAACUCUUUGAAAUAGAUAUUCGUAAUGUGUUGACACUAAAGCCACAUUUUGAAAGCCAGGCUUUUAGAAACAAGCAGAAGUCAUGAAUGUGAUUGCUUGCGGAAGUUCAGCUGUAGCAUUGUAAUGAUAUGUAUUGCUUUUUAAACUUUACAAGUAAGCUACGUUUUAAUUUAGAUGUCACUCAAUUGGCAAAGAAAACAAAUCACAUUAAUAUAAUAAAUUAAAUAAUAAAACAGUGAUUCCAUUUUAAUUGUUUUCAGUUGAGGUCUUGAGCCCAGUAAAUAAGUCAAAUCUGUUUCCACAUACAUAAAGGCUUGAUUUAUGGUGGUUUUCAUACAUGUGUUAAUUAGUAAUAGAAAAAUACUCAUUUUAAAUUUUUAAAGAGAUGCUGGGCUGAAUUCACAAACACUGCACUGUACUUGCAAAACGUUAUACCCGAGAAAGAGGUAAUUUUGGAACAGUACACAAAUGUAGUUAUCUUCAAAGUAAUUUGCCUAUCUAGUAACUUUCAUUUCUACCUUAAUGGCACUUAAUUCCACUUACAAUAGGGAAUUAAAACUUAUUUUAUUCCCCCCCCCAAAAAAAAAAAAAGUUAAAUAAUUUGCUAUUAUUUUCCAUUCAUGCAGUUAUCUGUGGUAGAUCUUUGAUCUCUUCUGGUUUAGGUAUGCAUGAUUUUAGACUGCAUAGACUUUCAGGGGGGCAAGUAUAGGGUUGGGCCUUUGAUCAUAGAAUCAUAUUUCAGUAAAAGCCUAUGCAAAAUGUAUCAAAAAGUAAAUGCCAAGGUUUGUGAAUUUAACACAGGAGGCAUCUCCCCUGAAACCUUCUAACUCGCACAAUGCAAAGUGUUUUUUGUCCAAGUACAAAAUGUUUAUGUAUUUGGACCCGUUCCUAUAGAAAUUUGAGAGAUUCAAGCAGCAGCUUGUGUACUAUGGAUAAGAGUCAAUACAUAUGUAAAUUAUACUGCACUAUGUCUUUAUUCCUUUAACACUUAAAGUCACUGGAAUGUUAUAUAAACAUGUAUGUUCAUUGUAAAUUAUCAGAAUUCAUAUUAGUAUCAAUAAUUAAAUUACACAGUAUGUAAUCUGAGGUGCUCAGUACUAUAUGAAGUAUAAGUGAAUAACUAAAUAGUUUGCAAAGAAAGUUCAUAUUAUAUAUUUAUAGACAAAUUAAAAAUUAUGGUAAUUACAAGUGUUAUUUCUUCAUCAUUUACAGAUUUUGGAGUGAUUCAUAUUUGGAUGGGGUUGACAAAAUAUGGGCCUACUCCACAUUUAUAUGAGUAUAGUUUAUAUUUUAGAGGGAAAAUAUAUUUAAUAAAAGUCAUUUAUUUGA